AUGCCUGAGUGGGAGUCUCUCACUAACUUCAACUCGAAGUUGAAAAGGAAGGAUCCGCUUCCUCCUCCGCCUUCGAAACAAUAUGGCCAAUCUCGACUUCGGCCAUGGCGACCAUUUUAUUUACGAAGACUAGUUAUAACCUGUUUUAUUCUCACUGCUUGUGCCAUAGUUGCAGCUCUUGAGGUAUUGCAUCAUAUCUCACAGUCUCAGAACGGGAUCGCAUCUUCGGUCGAACGUCUUCACUAUGUCUGGACCUAUACACCCACCGCCAUCCUGACUAUCAUCAGCGCACUGUGGGCGCGUACGGAGUUUCAAACCAAACAAAAUUGUCCAUGGAGGUCUCUGCAGAAACCAGAACAAGUCGACAAGAGUUUACUUUUAGACUACGACAACAUUCCGCCCGUCGCACUAUGGAAAUCCCUCAAACAUCGCCACUUCAUCGUUGCUGCAGGGAUUGCCUGCUCUCUUCUAUUGCAACUGUCAAUUUUGUUCUCCACCAGUUUGCUAUCACUGCAGAGAGUUAAUGUGCAAAGAAUGAAUGUCCCUAUUCAACUGUCUGAUAUCUUUGAUGACAACCACCCGACAUUCAAUGCUACCAGGCUUGAAGGAUUUGAUAUUCUCAAUCAGGUUCAGUUCGAGAAUCUGACUUACCCCAGUGGCACCAAUGCAAACCUCACCUUUCAAAGCUUCGUUACUCCGAGUGUUUCCAGUGCCUCAGUCAUAAAGGCUCCGAUACAGGCAAUGGAAGGAGGAUUAGAAUGCGAACAUGCGAAGCUAAUACUGGAUCUGUGGGAGGUAGCAAGGUCGAAUGAUACCUGGGGUGGCAAUGCUUUCCAUUUCUACAACAACAGAAUUACAACACCUUCCUGCACGAUCUUCAAUGUGACUUAUAUUGAUGACUAUACGACGGCAGGCUAUUCCAACUAUGUGGCACGCGCGAGAGCUGUGACAUGUGACAAUUCAACCGACACAGAUCGAAAUCGCAUAUUGGUAUUUGCGACGCAAUACCAUGUUGGGAGAAUGCUUGAAAACUUCACAGCUCACCCUUCCACAUUUUGGACACACAGGUACGAGGUUGUUCUCGACAACUCCGUUCAAAUGUUUUGCAAACCCACAUUUUCUUCCGUCAACAUGGAAGCUACGUACAACUUAAGCCAGCCGCAAACCGCGAUGGACCUCAAGAGAAUUGGAACAGAAAAGCCAAGAUUCACGGAUAUCAAUGCCUGGAAUAUAUCUCAACAGGUGAUGGAAGGAGCUUACGCUGGGAAUGCAGCCAGUCGACCCAUUGCUGCACAUGGUGCGUUUUCGAACAGUACCAGUGGCCCUCCGCAACCAGAGGUGUCAAUUGACUUCAUCAUACAGCUUGGUGCAUGGAUUGCAGGGAAAACAGGUCAUGCACAGAGGCUAUUACAACAUGGUGUGCUUGAGGAGAUAUUCUCGGCCUUUUAUCGUUCAAUGGCUGCUCAGGUCAUACACGGCGGCCUCAUGAAACAACGAGUUACACAGACCAAUGGCUCCAUCGUUGUUGAGGAAAAUCGUGUGUUAGUAAUGCAGUUGCCACUGCGGGUACUCGAGGUCUGUCUGGUAGUAUCGGUUCUGAUAGCAGUCGCUAUGGUUUUUCUCAGGCCGAAUGAUGGGAAUCUUUCUCAAAAUCCGAGCAACAUUUCCACCAUUGCCAACGUCAUGAGUAAUAGUCAAACGCUUCGGCAAUCUCUCCGCGGGGCAGGGGCCGCCCCUCUCGGCAUUCUGAGGGAGAAGACCUGUGGGAGAAGGUACUUCUUGAGGAACCAACGACAAUGUUCCUCAAUUGAAACUGAGAGAGACAAUGUGUGCUUUGACGCUUGCAGCGAAUCUGUCACUCAAACCUCGAAUGAAAACUGCGCCCGCCUAUCCAAGUCGUUUUGGAAGCCAUUUCCGAGUAUUUGGUCUCGAAUAUCCAUCUUUUGUGCGAUCACGGGGGCUAUCAUUGCUCUCGAGGUUCUUUUACGUGUUUCUCAAAAGAACAAUGGACUGGGAAAGGCUUCCCAUGAUGGUAAAAUGCAUUAUUUUUGGACAACUGUUCCUUCCUUGGUGAUGAUGCUUAUAGGCCUUUUGAUCGGAAGCUUGGACUCUAACAUAAGGAUUCUUGCACCCUAUGCCAGUUUACAGAAAGCUGAAGGUAUCGAUUUUGAGUUUCUGGAGACAAACUUCCUCGACGCCUUGCGUAUAACGAAUCUCAUCCAGUCUGCUCGAAUGAGAAAUUUUGCAGUCUUGUCAGCAACCUUGGCUGCUUUGACUGCUUCAUUUCUUACGAUCGUGACCAGUGGUCUUUUUUCGGCAUUCGAAGUACCCCAGGUCAUCAAUUUGAAUUUCACGCAAGAUACCCUCGUCAAAUCGCCUGACGUUUCAGCUCUCCUGGCAGAUGCACCUGCCUUCAUCACGGCGGACUAUAUUCUCAAUGACAAUCUCAGCUAUCCCAUAUGGACUUACGAAGAACUAGUCUUUCCUGAGUUAUCCCUUUCUGACUAUGCGGAUUUGAGGGCGGACGAAGACUUGUAUGCAGAUAUCCGCAUUCCGACCAUCAGAGGCUCCUCGGACUGUACUUUGGCAACUGGGAAAGCGCUGAACUAUUCCUUGAUAACCAUGCCAGAGCCGGGAGAUUACGAUUCAUUUGCUGGAUAUGGUUCCCAGGGCCUAUCACAAGAAUUUCUUGGGCUAUGGCCAAGCCGAUUUAGAAUCCACUUCUAUCCACCAAAUCACAAUUGUCCUGUUCCUGGCGCGAAUGAUACAUGGCUUACUAAAAGCAAUGAUCCGUAUUACAACCUUGAUUUUCCCGAGGACGGUUAUUUUGGACAAACGUUUCCAAUAUUCUGUUAUGGAGCCGGCGAGGCUGCUCAGUCUACCCUAACGAUGUACGUGUGGGGGUAUUUUGAGAAUUUGACCAUGCAGCAUAUCAGUGCAAUGACUUGUGCUGGUAAGAUCGAAUCCAUCGAUGCUGUAGCUCGAUUCAAAAUUCCCGGCUUUGAUAUGCCCUCCGAUCACCCACCAAUUCCUGACGAGUCUUCUGUCAAACCUCUUCCACAGUUAAAUGGAGUCUGGGAUAUCUACAAGUUGGAUAUGCUGAGCAACGUUGAUUAUUCCCAACGGAACCAGGUCACCAAGGAAAAUAUAAAAAUCGAUAAUUUCUUCAACUCAUUGCUGAAUGGGCGCUACACGAUUCCGAGGGAGUUUCUCUGCAGUUCUCGAUACGAUGCAAAGGUACAAGAGACAAUCAAGCGACAGGAGAGCAUUGUGAGAGCGCAGGUGCUUAAAAAGUACAGUCGUUUGGCUGCAAAUGGGACACUGGACGACAAACCCAUUUCUGGCAACUUGACUAUGCCGAAAAGUCUUCGCGUUCAUCAAGAUAAAGUCUCAACCAGAGUCCUUGAAGUAAUGCUAGGGCUGGUUCUCGUCUUUUCUAUUCUUGGAUCGGUGCUCAUGAAUACAGACCAUGUCUUGCCGAAGAAUCCAAUGAGUAUUGCAGCAGUUGGGAGCUUGUUGGCGGACUCAAAUUUUCUGCAUCUUUGUAGCUUUACGGAACGAAAUCCAAACUAUGAACUGCUCCGCGACCGUCGAGUGCAUCUUGGUUGGUUGGAUGAUGAAUCUUCAUCAGAAAGCUCGUCGAACCUGGAUAAAUCGAAAGGCGGUCGCUAUUUUACGAUAUACAUGAAGACCGAGAGGAUUGAGAAGAUUGAGAAGGCUGGGAAAGAUUCUCGAAUUAGCGAUACGCGGAGUAAUUUCUUACAGCAAGAUAGGACAGACCUACUAGGGGGGAGGUUCAUGGAUCUAGACUCAUAA